GAAAACAAGAAGUAGAAGAGCUUCCUUUACCGGUCCAGCGCAUUGAAAGCGGCACCGGCAGCAGGGCAAUGUUAUUGUGUUUUGAACGCUUGGUGUGAUCGGUCGAAAUUCGCUGUCGUUUUCCGUACGCUGGUAGAAGUGAAGUUUUUUUUUUCUAAGUUUGUUUGUUAGUAGUUGUGAGCAAAAAGUGGCCAUCUAAUGUAAAUGGGAGUGAAGCUGGCUACAUCCGUGACUGAAUGUGAUUUAUGUGUACCUCGUUGUGAAUGUGACCACGUUGUUAUAAAAAGUAGUUUUACCAGAUCUUACGCCAUGGAAUACAAUAUGGAGAUGCUGAACGGAGAAAUUUUCGGUGAUAUUAACACCGGAUCGUGUCAUAAUGGAGAAGAUUGCCAGUCACUGCUCCGUAUGAAUACGAAUGAUUUGCUGCCACAGCAAGGUAGCGAUUUGAGUGAACUCAUGUUGAAUGAUUUCUUCCACAACAAUGGGGUGGCCGAGAUGCAGUGUGUGAAGUACGAAACUGACGCAAAACUAUUGACCAUGCUGGACGGGCGGGAAGCACCGACUCACUACAAGAAAAUCCCGGUGCUCGAUGAUUUCACCCAUCCGCUGCUACAGUUCAACGUUGCCAUUAGUGGAAAGCCGUGCAGUGCCUCAGCCUGGUGCUAUUCGAAUGCACUGGAGAAGUUGUUCGUGAAGAAGAAAACUCCGGUCACGUUCGACGUUACCUACAUGCAGCCAUCGGACUACAGUCGACUGAAGCUGCGCAUCAUGUUGGUGUACUCGAACUCACAGUACGCUUACAAUGCCAUCUCCAGAUGCCAGGAUGAUAUAGCGAAGGAUGGCGCUAAAGAUUUCGCGCACAAAGAGCACGUCGUGCGGUGCCUAAAUCCAGAGGCUUCCUUCACGGGACGGGAGAAAGGGGUAAAUUUCGAGGAUCGUUUAGCGGUGCUGGUUGACUUGAACAGCGGCGGCACGCCGCAACAUCUUGAGAAGCAACAGACUGUGCCAGUUUCGUUGGAGUUCUUGUGCCAAAACUCAUGUCCCACGAUGGAAAGGCGCGCCACGACGCUUGUUUUCACGGUGGAAAAUGAACACGGCACUCUGCUGGGCAGAAAGUCGAUCAGUGUCAAAAUCUGCAGUUGCCCGAAGCGUGAUAUGGAGAAGGAUGAUAGCAAGGCAACGGGAGGUCGGGAGAAUAAUAAGAAUAAACGGAAGCAUGCUAAUGAGGUGGUUCCAAGCAACGAUCAACCACCACGAAAGAUGACUCGCCAGUCGAGUGUAGAUCUGAAAUCAACAUUGAACAACAAUAUCAAUGCUACUACCCCUGCUCGCGAAUCGGCGGCAGUGCCUGCUGCUGCUGCUGCAGCAGCAACCCCCCUGCUCGGUCAGAUUAAACGUGAGCCUUCGUUUACCUCAUUGGGGUAUUCGCUGAGCAAUCUGUCCAACAGCAGCAACAGCACGAUCGACAACGACAGUUCGGCAGUCGUGCUGACCCUUCGGCUGCCGGAUUUGGCGUGCGCCUCCGAGGUGGCGAUGUACGCAUUCAAACAUUUGAGUUCGAUCCUUAUCAGCUGCAAGGACGAGAAGGACAAGAAUCGAUACGCUCAAUACCUCUCCCAUUGCCGACGCGUAAGGAAAGAUUUCGAGAGAUCCGCGCAAAUGCUAGAAGAGCCGAGCCCGGAUUGCGAUUCCUCUAUGUAGUUAGACUGCCCCACCGCGGACACACGUGUACUACACCACCAUCGCGCCAAGAAACGUAAUUUAGGGUUGUCAUGAUGUUUUAGGGUACGAUGCGAAGGCGUACGAUCAUUCUUAAUUGUGUAAAGUAACUUAAACGUUGUUCGAUAAGUUAAGAUAAGCUAUACUAAAGUAAGCAUGUCUCGACGAGGGUUUAAUUGAAUGUAUCGUUAAUAUAACUGAUAUCAUUUCGCAUCAGAUGCAUAGGCGUUUGUGUGAUAACGUAGGUAAAAAAAGUGAUGAAAUAAUGCACCUGUGCAGUACAUUCACUCACAAGGAAGGUUCGCUCGUAUUCGGCUAGUAAGGAGACAGCUUUUAUUCCUUGUUAAAAUACGAUUAAUGUUAGUGUAUAGAAUCAUGAACAAAAAUAUGUUUUGAUAACAUAGUAUAAUGAUCGAAUUAGCAACUAAGAUUUAUGAUAUAAGGUUAAAUGAUAGCAAUAACGAUAGAGAGAAUAUUUGUGGUUAAGAGUUAAGCAAAGCACGUAGAUCUAACUUAAUUCCAAGUGA